AUGUCCGAACUUACUUGUAGUUACAUCCUUAAAAAGCUUACAGUGGAGUAUCAAGAACUGAACGGUACCUAUGUUCAGACAUUUCUCAAGCUGCCUACAGCACUCGAAUUCUUGCGUGCUGUGCGCAUCGGAAGGCCCGUAAUCAUAAAAGAACGAAAGGAAGUUUAUUAUCUGCAAUCGCAGAACGGGAAUCUUUAUUCAGCGGAAGGUGAAAGUCAGCUCAGUGAACUUGGUGCUCUUCGUGCCGACGUGCCGCGAGAAGUUCCCUGGGCCUCAGGAGCACUUGCGGCACCUCCGGAUGCAGUUAACAUCUGGAUAGGGGAUGAAAGGAGCGUAACCAGCGUUCACAGUGACCCAUAUGAAAACAUUUACACGGUUGUAAGAGGGGCAAAACAUUUUACAUUAUUUCCACCCACAGAGGGAUGGUGUCUGCAAGAGCGUAUGUAUCCACAUGCCAGGUAUUCGCGAACAGAUCGAACUGCCCCUCUUGCGCUUAUACCUUCGCCCCCUUCAUCACCAAAAGUCCGCUGGUCUUCGAUUAUGGAUCCUACAAACCCGGAAGAGCUACCACCGGAAGCUCGGCCGCUCCAACUGAGCCUCGAAGCAGGUGACACGCUUUAUCUCCCUGUUGGCUGGUGGCAUCAUGUCCGUCAAACUGACACCACCAUAGCACUGAAUUGGUGGUACGAUAUGGAAACCUCAGGGAUGGGAUGGGUUUGGUUAAACUUUCUGCGGGGAGAAAGCGAAGAUGUGCCCGAGGGUAAUGAAAACAUCUAG